GGGGGGGGUAUGUGUAGCAGUGAAUGUGGACAAGUGGAGGAGCUGGAGACACGGAACAGAGAGCGAAUGCAGCGGAGCCAGCGAUCAAACACGGGACACAACAAUUCAAUCGCGUGAACAUCGAUGCGAGCGCCAUUCGCUCACCUAUCGUUGCUCCGAGUGUUUUUCCAUGGUCAUUUUACUGAUCCGCCGGCUACCGAGGGAGUGCGCAUUAUGCAGCGGAUUAUGGAUGGCUCUUACACAUCCCUACAGCUCAUCAAUCGUAGCCUCCAACGGGACGUCCACCUACAGCCGUCCGAUCUGCUUUACUUCCCCGGCCGCAAGUGUGUCCUGGUUUCGACGCAAAAUAGCCCCAAUUGUUCGUCGAUCUCUACCCAUACUACCCAUACUUCCCACACUCGCCUCUGUGUUCCAUUCUCAGUCCCGGCGUACAGUCGCUUGUGACCGCAUUUUGGAUGUUUGAGACUAGCUGCAGGAGCGUGUUAGCCGAGGACAAGCAGCUGUUCUGCCUCCCGAUGCACGGUCUCCGACAUUCUCUUCCGGAAGUUCUCUCCCGUCAUCUCUCCUCUCCGUGAGCUCCCUGAGCACCUCAAUGACCUCGAUUCUGGCGUUGUUUCCUCCAUCGACAAAGUACCACAAAUGAUUCUCGCCGCUGCCCGCCGCUCAUCGCUUUCCCGCACAUCAAGCAUGAUUUGGAGUAGGUUGUGUGGUCCUCCGUCUUUUGCCUGCAGGUUCAGCUACAGAAUUGCUUGAAUAGACGCAUUUAUUUGAUAUCUCAUCGAGAAACUUCAUAAAAUCAACAUGACGCCAUGGCAGCUACAGACCAUGGGCUCGUGUG